GUUCUGUAAUGUAAUGUUGUAGGAAGAGGAAGUUGAGAUGGAGGAUAUUGUUGAAGAACUCAUUCUGGAUAUUGAUAGUUGCGACUCAAAGAACACACUUGCAGUUAUAGAUUAUAUCGAUGAUAUAUAUGCUCACUACAAGAAAACUGAGAAUUCUAGCUGUGUAUCUCCCAACUAUAUGGUUCAGCAAUCCGACAUCAAUGAGAAGAUGAGGGUCAUCCUAGUUGAUUGGUUAAUCGAGGUGCAUUAUAAAUUUGAGCUCAUGGAUGAGACAUUAUUCCUUAUGGUUAACAUUAUAGACAGAUUCUUAUCCCUCCAAACUGUAGAACGAAAGAAACUUCAGUUGGUCGGAAUUACAGCCAUGCUUUUAGCAUGCAAGUAUGAGGAAGUUUCAGUACCGGUUGUAGAUGAUCUUAUUAUAAUUUCUGACAAGGAUUAUACAAGGAAGGAAGUUCUUGCUAUGGAGAAAUCGAUAGUAAAUACAUUGAAAUUCAAUAUGUCAGUUCCAACUUCGUAUGUAUUUAUGAAAAGAUUCCUUAAAGCGGCUCAGUCUGAUAAGAAGCUUGAGCUUCUCUCCUUUUUCUUUAUCGAGCUAUCCUUGGUUGAUCAUGACAUGCUUAGGUUACCACCAUCUCUGUUAGCUGUUGCAGCCAUCUACACUGCUCAGUUUACUUUUAGCAGGACUAGACAUUGGAGUAAGACCACAGAGUGGCAUUCAUAUUACUCAGAAGAUCAAUUACAGAUGGUUGCAGGUGGUUCUGGACUCGGAACAGUGAUGGAGUGGAACACAAAGACUCCCUUGCAGUGGGAUUAGGAGAAUUUAGUCAUGUUCAGUGGGAAAGUAAAUGAAAUU